CAGAGGCUGCGGAACAAAAAGACAGGUUAAAGUUAGCAAAUGAUAUCAAAUCUUUAACCAGAUUAGAUAAAAAGAAGUUCUACAGAAUUGUUACAGUAUCCGAUAUACCGCCGUUUGUUUACAAAUUAAAAAGUCAGAAUGAUACAUAUAGAGGCUACUGUAUUGACCUUUUGAACAAAAUUGCUCAAAAUAUGGAUUUUGAUUAUGCCAUCUAUGAAAGUCCCGAUAGUCUAUAUGGUUCUAUGGAUGAAAAUGGUCAUUGGAAUGGUGCUAUAAAGGAAUUGAUAGACAAAAAAGCUGAUAUAGCAAUUGGUCCUAUAUCUGUCAUGGCGGAAAGGGAAAAUGUUAUAGACUUCACAGUACCUUAUUAUGAUUUAGUUGGUUUAACAAUUUUAAUGAAGAAACCAGAAUUUGACUAUUCACUGGUCAAGUUUCUCAGUGUACUAGAUACAGAGGUCUGGUUUUGUAUCAUUGGUGCCUUCUUUCUGUUUAGUAUUCUGAUUUGUGUUUUUGAUAAACUCAGUCCAUUUAGCUACCAGAAUAAUACUAUUGAUUGGAAUGGGGAAGGUUCGGAACCAAGAGUCUUUACUCUUAAAGAAGGAAUUUGGUUCUGCAUGAUGUCUUUGACUCCGCAAGGGGGUGGAGAAACGCCACGCGCAUUGUCAGGACGACUGGUUGCUGCCACCUGGUGGUUGUUUGGGUUUAUUAUUAUAGCUACGUAUACAGCUAACCUUGCUGCCUUUCUGACAGUAUCUCGUCUUGAAACGCCAAUAGAGUCUUUGGAUGAUCUCUCUUCACAGUUUAAAGUAAAAUAUGCUCCAAUGAACGGCAGUAACGCACUCAUCUACUUCAAUCGUAUGGCAGACAUUGAAAAAAAGUUUUAUGGCAUUUGGAAGAAUAUGAGUUUAGAUGAUAGCCUUGGUGCUGUUGAGAGAGCUAAGCUCGCUGUGUGGGAUUAUCCUGUUAGUGAUAAAUAUACCAAACUAUGGGAGACCAUGCAGGAGUCGGUGUUUCCUGCUGAUAAAGAAGAGGCUCUCCAGAGAGUAUUAACUGGCGAAUUUGCUUACAUUGGUGACGCAACAAUAAAUAAAUAUGCUACAUUAACAAACUGUGAGGUAUGGGAAGUUGGUGAAGAGUUUUCAAGAAAGCCAUAUGCUUUAGCUGUACAAGAAGGGUCACCAUUACGCAGUCAAUUAUCAAAUGUAAUCUUGCAGUUGAUUAACCAAAGAGAACUAGAAGAGCUCAAAACAAAAUGGUGGCAAAUGGAUGAGCUCAGUUGUCCGGACAUAGAAGAUGAAAGUGACGGUAUCAGUAUCAGAAAUAUAGGUGGCGUGUUUUUGGUGAUUGUCAUUGGAUCAGCCUUGGCAUUGAUCACCCUUGUCAUUGAAUGUUACUGGUAA